AUGGAGACUGAGUACCUCCAGGCGGGAACUGGCAGCUCGACGAGCAACGGGUCGACACCGGGGCUGCGCUCUCCAGUCAAACCUAUGCAGGUCGUGACGCCCACGGCGCAGAGAAGCGGUGCGCCCAUUCCCCGGAUGAUCCCGAUAGACGCUGGGCAGGCGGCUCUAGUCAGCUGGGAUGAAGACUGGGAUAACGAGGGCCAGCAGCCACCGGCAAGAAUAGCCGCUCAAGUGCCAGCGAGAGUAGAGGAAGAGGAGCCAGAGCCGCCUUGUAGGAAGAGUCGCAAGGGGAAGAAGGCUUACAAUCCACGUCGCCAGUUGACUGGAGACGACUACUUCCCAUUACACUUGGAGUCACGGGAAGCUUCGCCGGAGCCCGGAGCCCCAGUGAGACCGGGUCAGAGCCGAGAAGAAGGCGCAUUCGCAGGCGCACCACUGAGAGUAGUGAAGAAGACGAGUAGGCCCUCUUCACCGUCUGUUGGAAAAUUCCGAUGCCCAGGAGAAGCAGCGUGGCGGAGAUAUAACUUCCUCUUGAGCCGUCUACCACCGCGAAGAGGAGGAGUCUUGUUCAGGGAUGGCCAGCCGGUGCCAGUAGUGCCAGCCAUCGACCCUCCGCCUUACUGCUGCUUUAACUGCUGGGAUCGAAACCACGCAGUUCGGAGCUGCCCAGAGCCGGAGAGACGCGACUACUGUGCCAACUGCGGUCGGCAUGGAGUUAGGAUUGAGGAGUGCCCUCGUUGUGCGGAGGAGUUUAAGAGAAGAGAGCGUCAGAGACAGCCGGAAGAUAGGAGUGGUUCUCCUCCUAGAAAGCUGACUUCGAGAAGUCGGAGAGACGAAUUAGAGAGAGAGGAAGAGUGUAAGAGACGUCAGCGAGAAGAGUUAGAGAAGGCAGCAGAGAGAAGACAUCAAGAGAUGAGAAGAGAAGAAGAAAGACGGGAGAGAGAUGAAAGAUGGAGAGCUGAAGAUGAACGUCGCCAGAGAGAAGAAGAGCAGAACCGCAGAUAUGUGGAGCAGCGGAAGGCAGAGCGACGCGCAGAAGAAGCUCGACAGGAAGCUGAAGCUUUGAGAUUGGAGGAGCAGCGGAGAGUAGAGAACAACCGUCUGCGAGAGGAAGCCGCUCGUCUCCUGGAACAGCGAGAAGAACAGGCCCUGAGAGCUGAGCUUCUGCGCCAGCUAAAUGAGAGAAAGCAGUCAGAGGUGCAGCGAGUAGCAGCAGUGCGAGUGGAGGAAGAAGCGAGAAGGGCGUUUGAGCAACGACGGCUGAGGGAACAGCAGGAAGAGCUUCUGAGAACCGAAGAGUUACGGCGACAGAUUCGGGGGGCAGAACUCCGAACAGCGGAAGAGCUGAGAAGGAUUGAAUCCCAGCGUCAAGCACUAGAGGCUCGACUCCUGCAGCCAGUCCGGGGAGUCAUGCCGGAGAGAGAAGGAAGAGUGUUGGGACCACCAAGAGUGACCCACCUGCCAGCAGAACCAGCCCAAACAAGAGAUCCAGUGAGAGAUGCCCUGGCGCUGCACGCGGUGCUUCGCCGGGUCUACGGUCAACCCCAGUAG